UCGAAGGCGAUUUGCCACGUCUGAGAACAGCCGGGAGUGCAGCUCGUGCAACCGGGGUCGGUCCGGCGGAGAGACCUUCGUCGUAGCCAUGGUGUCUGUAAUUAACACAGUGGAUACGUCCCAUGAGGACAUGAUACAUGAUGCACAGAUGGAUUAUUACGGCACUCGCUUGGCAACCUGCUCCUCAGACAGAUCAGUGAAAAUAUUUGAUGUCCGGAAUGGAGGUCAAAUUCUGAUAGCAGACUUAAGAGGACAUGAAGGGCCUGUGUGGCAGGUUGCCUGGGCUCAUCCCAUGUAUGGAAACAUUCUGGCUUCCUGUUCAUAUGACCGGAAAGUUAUCAUCUGGAAGGAAGAAAAUGGUACCUGGGAAAAGACAUAUGAAUACACAGGGCAUGAUUCCUCAGUGAAUUCUGUGUGUUGGGCACCACAAGACUAUGGAUUGAUACUGGCUUGUGGCAGUUCUGACGGGGCCAUCUCUCUGUUGAGCUACACUGGUGAUGGACAGUGGGAAGUGAAAAAAAUUGGCAAUGCACACACAAUUGGCUGCAAUGCUGUUAGCUGGGCCCCUGCAGUCGUACCAGGAAGCCUUCUAGAUCAACCAUCAGGUCAGAAGCCAAACUACAUCAAACGCUUUGCAUCAGGCGGCUGUGACAACCUUAUCAAGAUCUGGAAAGAAGAAGAUGGCCAGUGGAAAGAAGAACAAAAACUAGAGGCUCACAGUGACUGGGUCAGAGAUGUUGCCUGGGCCCCCUCCAUAGGCUUGCCAACAAGCACUAUUGCCAGUUGCUCCCAGGAUGGCAGAGUCUUUAUCUGGACAUGUGAUGAUGCCUCUAGCAACUCUUGGUCACCCAAAUUGCUGCACAAGUUUAAUGAUGUGGUUUGGCAUGUUAGUUGGUCAAUCACUGCAAAUAUUCUUGCAGUGUCAGGAGGAGAUAACAAAGUAACAUUGUGGAAGGAAUCUGUAGAUGGACAAUGGGCAUGCAUUAGUGAUGUUAACAAGGGCCAGGGAGCAGUAUCGGCUGUUACAGAGGGACAGCAGAAUGAACAAUGACAAACAGUUUACCAGCAACAUGGGAUUAUCAAUACAAGGAAAUAGAUAUGAUUUUUACUACUUUUCGUAUUAAGCCAGUUGGUAAACCAGAUAUGUCUUACCUGAACUAAUAAGCAAAAAUGUACUUUCUGUUGAACAUUCUGUAGCUCUUUUUGGUAAAAUUACAUGCCUUGAUAUUCAUUCUUAGCCUUAAUUGACACUUUGUAAAAUUAAAGGCAACUGCAUCAAAAGCAAUGCUUGGUAUAUCAUUCCUUUGACUGAGAAUAUUUUUCAGAUUAGUUCAGUGUCUUUGAUAACUCCUCCCUAUUCAGAAGAGAGGUUAAGGUUUUGUGACUUGAUACUUCUCUUUCAGAAUAAUUUGAUUUACUUUCUACAGUGUCUUUGGCAUUUAAAAGCUAGCAAAAAGGAAACUGUUUUCAAAUAUUUGAACUUGAGCCUCAGAGUACAAAAUGGAGGCUGCUGAUUUAAGAAGUUACCUUUUUUGCCUUAAGUUUCCCCCCUUCAUAUAUAUAGUUGAAAAUAUAUGCCAAAAUCUGACCUCCAAAGUCAGUAAACUUGUUAAGCCACUGUUGUGCACUUUUGGUUUAAAUGAAAAUUAGGUUGAAUUUCAUUAAAGUCUUGAUUGAACAGGU